GAUACAAGAUUGACCAUUCUCAUUUCUAAACCAUCAAAUUGAAUGAGUCGACACAAACACAAGGUCCCCUACAUUUACAACAACCACAUGCAAUUCACUAUCAACAAUACACAAGCACCCCACAAUUGAACUAACUAAACCAAGUUUCUCUUAUCCCUCAUACUAAAAUUUCCAAGAUGACCAAAGUUACCUAAUGCUAAUUGAUGACCUUUGUCUUUGUCACACCAUUAUUGCACUAAACCUGACGCCAGAACAUCAUCAGCAACACCUAUAUCCUUCUUCACGCACUAUUAUCUCUCUCUCUCUCUCUCUCUGUCCCUCUCUUUUUCAUUUCUAUACCUUGACUCAAAACCAAGUCUCUACAAAGAGAAUGGUGACUCCAACACAGAGUUGGAGGCCUCAAAAGCCUACAAUAGUGCUGUUACUUUUAUGCAUUUCACUUGAAUCUUCAGUUGAAGAAGCCAUAACAUCUUCUAAGAAGUUAGACACUGAUAUGAAGUGUGGAUCAUGUCCUUGUGGAAACACCUGCAGUGAGCAACUUCCCCCACCUCCACCACCUCCUUGUUCACCACCACCAUCAUCACCACCACCACCACCUCCGCUGCCACCACCGUCACCAUCACCACCACCACCACCACCACCUCCCAAGUAUCCCUCCUGCCCGGAGAAUUGCAACCCUUUGUUGCCACUAUCACCACCACCACCACCACCACCAAGGUUUAUAUAUGUGCCUGUGCCAGGGCAACCUAAACCUUAUACUUGGGUUUUUUAUUACUCUGGUGCUGAAAAGAGAGUUGUGGGGUUGCUGGUUUUGGCUGCUUUGGGAGCACUUUCAAUGGCAACGGAAAAUUGAUUUUGAUAUGUGAUGCACAAUAAUUCAAAAUUAACCUUAGCUGCAAAAUUUCUACUAGUACUUGCCUGUAUGUUGCUUUUCAGUUUUGCUAUAAUAUGUAUGAUAAUCAUAUUUUGA